AUGAGGGACGCCAUUGCCAUUCUUGCUUCUUCCUCCAUUACUCUCCCUCCGAAUUCGACACCUUCGCCGGCCACCACCACUCCUUCUAAUCAACAAUCCUUGUCUCCGGCCUCCAAGUCCAAGUCGAAGAAGUUUUCCGGCCGGAAACAGUCGCUGAAAUCAACCGCUGCGCUACUACACUCCACAGUGAGAUGGAACACCUCUCCUUCUCGCCAGGUCCAUCGCCUCAAAGACUACGCCGAAUUAGCCUCGGACCUUGCCGAGGACGGAAGGUUUUCCGAUUUGUUAAUGAUUGCCGAAAGCGUUGUCGUUUCAGGCGCUAAGCCUUCUCAGUUCCUGGCGAUGCUUAAUUUGAAGAGCGUUUCUGCCGGAAUUUCUAGAAUGCUUGAGGAUGGAAAGCUUGAGAGGUUGAUUGAGGUUCUGAGUGGUCUUCUCAAGCUAGGAUUUCCUGUAGUUAAGCUCUUCGAUGGAGUCGCGUUUGAGUCACUUCGGCAGGAAUGUCUUCGUCGGUUCCAAAACUGUGUUCAACCGGAGGAGAUUGUAAGCUUGAUGGAGACGCUUCAAGGCCUUGGUUUUUCACCUAAUCAAUUACUGGCGUCAUCUCAAGUUAUAAAGCUGUGUGUGAAGAGACGGAGCCCCGGUGCCGCAAUUAGGUAUGCACAACUUUUUCCGCAGAUGGAAACUCUAUUGUGUACCGUAAUGAUUGAGUUUGGGAAGAAAAGGGACUUGGUCUCCGCUCUGAAUGUUUUUGAAGUAUCCAAGCGGAGUCAAGGUUCUCCAAACACGUACGCCUACAGAACAAUAAUAGAUGUUUGUGGUCUUUGUGGUGAUUCUAUGAAAUCUAGGUCCAUAUAUGAGGAAUUACUUUCCUGUAAGUUUACUCCAAACAUUUACGUCUUCAACAGUCUCAUGAAUGUGAAUGCCAAUGAUUUGAGCUUCACAUUGCGGAUCUAUAAGCAAAUGCAAAGAUUUGGCGUGACAGCUGAUCUGGCAUCAUACAACAUCCUUUUGAAGUCAUGCUGUCUUGCUGCAAAGGUUGAACUGGCCUUAGAUAUCUACAGACAAACAAAAUACUUGGAGUCAACCGGAGAUCUCAAGUUGGAUGUCUUCACAUAUAGUACAAUGAUUAAGGUCCUUGCUGAUGCCAGGAUGUGGAAAAUGGCACUGGAAAUCAAAGAAGAUAUGCUGUCAGCUGGUGUUACUCCCAAUGCAAUUACCUGGUUAUCAUUGAUCAGUGCAUGUGCCAAUGCAGGUCUUGCUGAGCAGUCAAUACGCUUGUUUGAAGAGAUGCUUCAGGCUGGUUGUGAACCUAAUUCACAAUGUUGCAAUAUUCUUCUUCAUGCUUGUGUUGAAGCUCGCCAAUACGAUCGAGCUUUUCGCCUUUUCCGCUCGUGGAAGGAAAAUGGUAUUCAGCCAGUAAGCACGGAUUUUAAGUUGAAGACACACAAUAUAAUCUCAGCAGACUGCAGCAGAGAUGGUUUUAGUGCGCUAUCAGAUAGUCCCGUUACCUCAGAGGUUCAGUAUCAUACAAAGAGGUUGUCAUUUGCACCUACAACUGCAACGUAUAAUAUUUUGAUGAAGGCUUGCGGCACUAAUUACCGCCGUGCCAAAGCUUUGAUGGAUGAGAUGAAGACAGAAGGUCUCUCGCCCAACCGCAUAAGCUGGUCUAUUUUAAUGGAUAUUUAUGGAGGCUUGGGAAAUGUCAAGGGUGCUUUACAGAUACUGAGAUCCAUGCAUCAGGCGGGUAUUCAACCUGAUGUUGUCACAUAUACAACAGCUAUAAAGGCUUGCGUGGAGCACAAACACCUGGAAGUUGCAUUUUCAUUGCUUUCAGAAAUGAGAAGAUACCAAAUAAAACCUAAUAUGGUGACUUACGACACUCUUCUAAGAGCUCGCAGCCAGUAUGGUUCUCUUCAUCAAGUACAACAAUGCCUUGCAAUAUAUCGAGAUAUGCGAAAAGCUGGGUACAAACCCAAUGAUUACUACCUGAAACAUCUGAUUGAGGAGUGGUGUGAAGGUGUUAUACAAAACAGAACUCAGAAUAAGGGCCAAUUUACUCCAAUUGAUGAUACUGCUGAUUCAGGGCCGCAGAGUCUACUUCUUGAUAAAGUUGCAGAACACUUGAAAGUUGGUAAUGUUGAAAGUUUAUCAAUUGACCUCCGAGGUCUCUCAAGGAUUGAAGCCAGGAUAGUGGUUCUUGCUGUUUUGCGAAUGAUCAAAGAGAAGUAUAGCACAGGCAAUAUGGUGGAGGAUGAUCUAUGGAUAAUAACAGAAGGGAUAUCUGGAGCUGGGACCUCAAAAAAUUCAAGUGGAAUUACAGAACUAAUCACAAAACUGUUAGAAAAUGAUUUGGGACUCGAGGUUCUUUCAGCUGGUUCAAGAGAAAGUAGUAAUAUAGAAAGUGAUUCUGAACUUCUCAGUGUAUCUAGCACCGAGAUAAAAGAAGUGUUGAAACAAAGUGAUCUGCCCCUAAAAUUGGAUUCUCCUUCCAGGAGACCUGCAGUUUUGCUUCGGUUAAAGGUUACCAAGGCAUCAUUACAUAGUUGGCUACAAAGAAAAGGGGUUUCUGUUAGUGAAUAA